CUGUCCUGCCGGUUUUCCAUCUCUCCCGCCUGCAACACACCUGAUUCAGACGAUCCGCUCACCAGCCAGUUCUGAAGCAGCAUUAGAACGAUCUUGAUGAUUUGAAUCAGGUGUGUUGCUCCUGGGAGAGCUGGAAAACGGGCAGGGCAGCGGCCCUUGAGGACCGAUUUUGGAAACCCUUGGUUAAGGCAGUUGCAUCGCAUGAGUUCAUAAAGCAGCCCUGUUUUUCGCCUGAUACAAAUGCAUGUUAUGUGUUAUUGAAGGAGGGAGCACCUUUCAAUUAAUAGACUAAUAUCAUUGUCCAUCCAAUUGGCAACAUAACAAACAGUUGAGACUGUUUUUCUUUCAGUACGUUAAUCGAUGCAAGCCAACAAGUAUUGGCUGCUUCCUUUGAUUACUGUGGCACGUAUUCAUUAGACCCACCUCUCACAUCUCUCCCAUCUCAAUUUGCCUAGUAGGACUUGCUUUUGAGAGCGUCAUGAGGACAGACCGUCUUCUCUCUUCCACGCAAGUUGAACAAGAAAAUGGACAACGGUAGCUUUGAAGAUGGUGCCAACACAACACUUGACAUCAAUCAGGAUUCCUGCAUCAUGAUGAGGAACCCGGUGUUUCGUUUUAUCCUGUAUGGCUUCUUCUUUAUUGGCAUCAUCUGCACAGUGGUGGGCAACUUCCUGGUGGUCUUGUCGAUUUCCUACUUUAAACAGCUGCAGUCCCCCACAAACUCCUUCGUCCUGUCCCUAGCUGUGGCCGACUGCCUCGUGGGCCUGGUCGUAAUGCCUUACAGUAUGAUUCGGACAGUGGAAGGGUGCUGGUACUUUGGUUCCCUUUUUUGCCAGCUCCACUCCAGCCUCGACGUCAUGCUGUGCACUGCUUCCAUAUUCCAUCUGAGUUGCAUCGCCUUUGAUCGCUACUAUGCCGUCUGCAACCCGCUAGUUUAUUCUUUGAAAAUGUCUCCAAGUCGAGUGGCUUUCCUCAUUGUCAUCUGCUGGGUCGUUCCUAUUCUUAUUUCCUUCGGUCCGAUCAUGCUAGGCCUCCAUAUUGCUGGAGUUGACAUCCUGCUCCCUCAAGAGGUCUGUGUUUUCCUGGUCAAUCGCGUGUACGCUGUCAUGGCGUCCUUGAUAGCCUUCUACCUGCCCAUGGCUAUCAUGCUGGUGGCCUACUGGAAGAUAUUCAAAGCAGCCAGACGGCAGGCGAGGCAGAUCAGCGCCAUGGAAAGCCAGAUGGCGGCUGGAGUGGGAAAAGACUCAAGCAAAAAGAAAAAGCACCGCAACACCAUGAAGAGAGAGCGAAAGGCAGCGAAAACCUUGGGCAUCAUCAUGGGAGUCUUCCUCAUCUUCUGGAUGCCAUUUUUCACUGUCAACAUUGUGGACCCCUUCAUAAAUUACAGCACUGAAGUGGUCAUCUGGGACAUAUUUUUAUGGCUGGGAUAUAUCAACUCAUCAUUAAAUCCCUUCCUGUAUGGUUUCUUUAAUCGCUCAUUUCGGAAGGCAUUCUUCAUGUUCAUGGGCUGCGGUGUUUGCCGACCUGGAAUAUCCCCUGGGAUGGAGCUGUCACAUACCAGGAAAGAAAUAAAUGACUGUGCCGAUAAGUAAUAUAAUGUUUUUUUGUGGUGCGUUGGGAGUGAUGGUUGGGAGCUGAUCCAUUUUUGGGUCGAUCUGCCUUAAAUACAUUCUCGAUCACUUAUUUUAUACUUUAUUUUUUAAUGAAAGACUUUUUAAAUUCCAAUUCAUCCACCCAUGAAAAUGCAAAAACAACAAACAAACAAAAAACAGAGACCGAGUAAUUAAUUUGAAAAAAAAAACAUCAUUUGUUUUGAACCAUGGUUUACUGCACAUGUAAUGUGAGGUGAUUCAAUAUUUAUUUGAAUUCACAGUCAAAACGACCCUUUAAAGAAAUUACUAAGGGCCUGCUACAACAAUUAAUUUGACACCCCUGCCCAAACUGUAACCGGCUGAAAACUUGGAAUGUUACAUGUCACGGAGUUGUUAUUCAAGAGCUGCUGCAGGCUCUGUGAAGUUUGACUCGUUUAUUUUUUCUGUAUAUUUAAUGAUAUUCCAAAAAUGACUGGCAUGAGGGGCGAGGGUUAAAAUCUCAGCUCAUUCUUUUGCCAAUUUUGGGAGGGUUAUUAUCAAAAUGUAGUUUUUGCAUCAUAUUUGCUAAUUGUAUGCUAAAAACCUGUCCGUGUUACUUCCAGUCCUGUAACUCUAAUGAAUAAUUGCAGUACAACCACAUCAUAAAUAAAGUGUGAGAUAGGUCAAUACACUGUGGGUAAUUCAAAUUAGAUUUAGAGAUAUAAAAAGUUUAUUUGAGAGCACCAAUUUGGUGAACUGUCCCAUUUGCAGCUUGCUUGCAUGUGCAAGUGCAGGACUUUAGAUAAGUGGUCUUGCUUGGAUUUUUAUCUCUUUGCGUCAGUCAUCUAAAAUAAUCAAUAAUGUUAGCAUAAUAGGUUAUUCACACCCAUUUGAGCCAAGUUGACAAACGUCAGCAACAGGAAGUCAGACAAACCUACGCAAGAAAAUAACUCCAAAACAGCACUUCAAUGUAUGCUAAGUCAUAGCUUUGUGUCGAAUCGAAAACAGCACUUGUAAUAAAUAGAAAUUUUCUACAGUACAAUAUGGCCUUUUAACGCUCUAUUCGCUACCGAUACUUUACCAAAUUUCCCUUCAAGUCACUUAUUUGCGGAAUACAUCGGUUAGUAUAACUUUUGAGAAAACACAACUAGCAUUCUGUAGUGCCCACUCCACCGCAGUGGUCCAUCAUUAUUGUGUGCUGAGGCAGAAAAAAAAAAUACCAUUUUGUUUGAAAGACAGUUAGUGUCUCAAUUUUACUCAAGCUUCUAAUGCCACGUGACUUCCCCAGUCUCCUCCUGUCAAAUUUGGAAAUGGGUAAAUUCUUAAUACCUCAAACCGAGGUUGAGUAUUGUAUCAAACUAGAAAUGUGCAGUGAUGGAUCCGUGAACUACGAACAUUUGCUUUCAUGUGACAUCCACUGUUCGAAUAUUGGCUUUAUUAAGUGUAUUGUGUGUGCCUUUGUCAUGUUGUGUCUUGAUUGUGUUACAGCUCCAGCUGGAAUGAGGGGCGUUUCCCUCCAGCAGGUGCACCGGCUGCCUCGUUUCCCCAUCAAGCCUCGCUUUGUAUUUAAGGACUCUGACUCUGACUGUUGCGCUUUUUCAGAUUAUUGACUUUGUUUGUUGUUGUGCUUCGAAUGUGAGUUUCCAGACCUCUCGAUACUAUUCUCAAUACUGCUCUCGUUUUGUUCAUAGAUCCUUGUUUAGAAGUAUUUUUUGUCAUUCUGUAUUGCUCUUUGUUUUUUUUUUUGUAAUUGGACUUUUGGAUAUUUUGUUUGAGUAUUCUUUUAGUUUCAUGGAUUGUUUUUCCCGGCAGACACCUUGUAACCAGCAAUUUCAGUUCACACUUUGUCGGUGCAAUUUUCUUUAAUAAACGUUUUUGUAAUCGCUCUUUGAGUCUGCAUAUUUGGAAUGCUAAAACAUUUGGAAGAUAUUGAUGCUAUCAUGUUGAAAAUGUUACAUGAGGUCCCAGUCCUCAUCCUUUGUGUGAAACUGGAAUCCUGACCUACUGAAUCAAGCCAUAUUUAGCAGCCACAUAUUAUGUUGCUUCCGAAGUAGCAGAAUUAGAGUGGGAAAUAUAGAAUUAGAAAAAUACGAGAUGAC